AUGUUGCUGAAUCCAAAGGGCUAUGCGAGCCCUUCCCACGCCGGGCCGGCCGCUGCGGCAACGAACGGUCAGGGCAGCUCGAACGAUACCAGCUUUCUCGAUUUUCAGUUCUCAAACCCAAACGACGACACAGGCUCGAGUGCCAGCACCCCUUCAUCCUUCUUCCAUCAAGGCCCCGAAGGUGCCGUUCGCAGCCACACGAAUACACCCGUUAACGGUUUCGGUAGCAUGUUUGAGCGAAUGAACAAUGUCCAGGAGCGAACAGCGAUGCCACAGCUGAAACGGCGAAAGGUCCAGGCGGAAGACAACGAUAUGAUCCCCUCGAACUUCGGAGGUGGCGGUAGUGGCAUGCUUGGUCAGUACGUCAAGGAGAAGCGCGAGGAGGACAGCAAAAAUCCUGCCCUACGUAGCGUCGACACUGUGGAUCUCACUGCGACCCACGACGGCGACAUUGUCGAAAUAACCGACGCAAAUGAACAGGAGGUCUGCUUUGGUAAGCUCCUGAAUGCCAAGAUCAACUUUGAUGUCGUACCCAGCCCGAAACCCGGCCAGCGUGCUCUGAACGAUGGCUAUUGGCCAAACGUCAAAAUCAUGCUCAGUCGCAGGCAGGGCGACCCUACCAAUGUGAUUCUGGCCAAAGAUCAUACAAGAAGGGUUGUUGGCAGAGUCGACGCCCAAACGGCACUUGGGCUGUCACCACUUCUUGACUCCGCUCGUUUGUAUCUCCGUACUGAAGCCAGAUUACCUAGUCGAAAGAAGCAACCUGGCGAACAGGCUGGCCAGCAGGUUUCUCAGGCUUUAGCUUUUGACUGUAUAUUGUACGGCCCGAGAAGAUCCUCAAGGGCUGUAGCAAAGCAUCUGUACUCCAGAGGCCUGAAACUCACUCAUCCAGCUCUGGUGGAACCGGGUAUCAAGUAUGAGAACCCAAUGCCACAUGAUGCCCGGCAAGUUGUCCCCAUGAGGCCGCAAUUCGUACCAGGUCCCACGGCGGUUUCCUACCCGCAGGUUUCGAGGACUGUCGAGGAGGUUCGGAGUGAAGUCAUGGGAGUGUUCGAUUCUUUGACAAGAAGCGAAGAUCUGCCACAGAUGGAGCCGGAUGCGAGAAUUACUACAAAUCUUCUCCCACAUCAAAAACAGGGUCUUUAUUUCAUGACUAUGCGAGAACGUCCCUGCGACCUGAAUGGAACCGGUGGAGCGCUCAACUCGUUCUGGCGAAUCCGCAUUGGGAAUAAUGGCCAGCGAUCAUAUCACAAUGUCAUCACUGGCCAAUCAUACCCACGCCCCCCUCCUGAGACUUUCGGUGGUAUUCUGGCAGACAUGAUGGGUCUUGGUAAGACACUAAGUAUUCUGUCUCUGAUCACCACCUCUCUCGAUGCCGGAGAAGAGUGGUCGAAGCUUGAGCCAGAACAGCCUGCGCUCCCUCCCCCUCCCAAGAAGAAUGGCGGGUCCCGCGGGUUUGAUGUACCUGCCCCUGCACCUCUCGCGCUGACAAAACCAGCACUGAACUCAAGAGCAACAUUGUUGGUUUGUCCUCUCAGUACCGUCACGAACUGGGAGACACAGAUGAAAGAGCAUAUCCAGCCUGGCACAGUCAAAUGCUACGUUUACCACGGACCUAAUCGUAUCAAAGAUGCAAGAAAACUGGCUGAUUAUGAUAUUGUUAUCACGACAUAUGGCUCUGUAUCUAGUGAGCUUCGAGCUCGGCACAGGGGCCAAAGGGGUCCUCAUCCGCUCGAAGAUAUCAGCUGGUUUCGGAUAGCCCUCGACGAGGCUCACAUGAUCCGCGAGCAGUCCACGCUGCUGUUCAAAGCCAUCUGCCGUCUGCAGGCGCAUCGACGUUGGGCAGUUACCGGCACGCCUGUACAGAACAAGCUGGAUGACUUGGCUGCGCUGCUGGCUUUCAUUCGACUGAAGCCUUUCGACAACAAGACUACAUUCACACAGUACAUUGUGGCCCCGUUCAAGGCUUGUGACGCUGAAAUUGUUCCCAAGCUGCGAGUUUUGGUAGAUACCGUCACACUUCGGCGUCUCAAGGAUAAGAUUCAUCUGCCAGCUCGGACGGAACAACUCGUCAAGCUCAGAUUCUCUCUGGCCGAGGAGCAGUUGUACAAGCUGUUUGAGCGGCAAGCCCAAGACAAGGUCGAAAUAAUCAGUCGCGGUCUGGAGAAGCUGAUUGGAGGAAGAACCUACAUUCAUAUUUUGCAAUCGAUCCUUCGACUGCGUCUCAUUUCGGCACAUGGCAAGGAGCUCCUCAACGAAGACGACCUUCAGGCUAUGCAGGGUAUGACGCAGGACUCCGCUAUCGACCUUGACAGUGACGACGAAAAUGACGCUCAGAAGACUGCACUAUCCGAGGCUCGAGCGUAUGGGACCUUUGAUCUCAUGGUGCAGACUAACAAUGAUGGUUGUGUAGCUUGUGGCAAGUCCCUGAGUUCGAGCGUUGAUGAGAACGAUGCCGAAUCCGAGCGAGCGGAGAACCUGCUCGGUUACAUCUCUUCUUCAUGCUUCCACCUUGUCUGCGCUUCUUGCAAGCCAACAUGGGAUCGGGAGACUGGACGCCAGGUUAUGGGACAUUGUCCAGUCUGCCAAAAAGACAACGUCAAUCUUGCCCUGGUUGAACUGCGGAAGGACAAGGCCGAAGCUGAGCACGAAUCACAUCAGGCAACAGGCAAGGCCAAGAAUAAGUCCAUGAACACGGAUGGCUACGGCGGUCCUCACACCAAAACGCGAGCUUUGCUCGAAGAUCUCCUGAAGCUACAAGCACAGAGUGAGGCGCAGCCGGAUGAGCCUCGCCACAAAUCGGUCGUGUUCUCUGGAUGGACGUCUCAUCUCGAUUUAAUCGGAAUCGCUCUAGAGGAUGCGGGGAUUGUCUAUACCAGGCUCGACGGCAAGAUGACUCGCAAUGCCCGCACGGCUGCCAUGGAUAGAUUCCGCGAAGAUCCCGCGGUGGAUGUGAUCCUCGUAUCCAUCACAGCUGGUGGUCUAGGUCUCAAUCUGACCGCAGGCAGUAAUGUCUAUGUCAUGGAGCCGCAGUACAAUCCUGCGGCAGAAGCACAGGCGGUGGACCGUGUGCACCGCAUUGGUCAGAAGCGGCCUGUUCGUAUCAUCCGCUACAUCAUGGAGGGCAGCAUCGAGGAGAAAAUGCUGGCUCUUCAGGAUAAGAAGAACAAGCUUGCGAACUUGUCCAUGAAUCGUGGCAAAGCCAUGGACAAGGGUGAGGCAGCGAAGCAGAAGCUCAUGGACUUACGGAGUCUCUUCAAAUGA